CUUUGAUUGAGUCAGCUGUGUAAUGUUGGGGGGGAAACGUGCACCCCUUGGAGUCCCAAGGACCGAAUAUGGAAAACCCUGUGCUAGAAGUCCAACAUGAGUACAUCCCACAGGCCAUCCUGGGCAUGGACAUCCUGUGCCAGGCCAAGUAUGGAAUGGGCAAGACUGCUGUGUUUGUACUGGCCACCCUGCAGCAGAUUGAGCCUGUGGAUGGGCAGGUGUCUGUGCUGGUGAUGUGCCACACACAAGAGCUGGCCUUCCUGAUCAGCAUAGAGUAUGAGUGCUUCUCCAAGUACAUGCCUACCGUCAAGGCAGCCGUGGUCUUCGGGGGCCUGUCCAUCAAGAAGGACGAGGACGCGCUGAAGAAGAACUGCCCCCACUUUGUGGUGGGAACGCCCGGCCGCAUCCUGACCCUCAUCCGCAACAAGACCCUCAACCUGAAGAACGUGAAGCACUUUGUCCUGGACGAGUGUGACAAGAUGCAAAUUCAGACCACAGUAGGACAGGGGAGCUGAUGCCAGAUGUGAGUGACGGGAGCAAGGAGUAAGUUGAAACGUCACAGAGGAAAGGUCAAUUGAAAACGUGUUCCAAUGUACCUACUAGCAUAUCACUUAGAAUGCACUUCUAAUACACUGUCCUAAUAAGUAGUAGUGGAUCUUGGAACAGAAUGUGAUAGAUGGUGUGACUUAAUUAAGGAUUUAGCCAAAACGUAGGAAAGUAUUUACAUUUUAUUUAGUCCUCAGAUUUCAGGCUGAGUGGGUUGACUUUU